ACAUUCCUUGAACAAACUGAAGCUCGUUUCGUGAAAGGUUAUGGUGCACUCAAUCCUGCAAGAAUAACAAGCACAUCGGUAAAGUCGAAAUCAACAACACCUGUCUUAAUUUUCGAGGAUCUUGGUGGGCAAGAAGAUUGGGUUAACUAUGACGAUGAAGCUAAUGCACUCAUUUUUGUUGUUGACGCAACGAGAAGAGAUCUGUCUGAUGAAGUGGCUAUGGUAUUCAAGUAUGAUAUGUCGAAUGAAUACAUGCGCAUGAUGCCUGUACUAGUCGCUGUAAACAAAAGCGAGAUUGAAAGUGCUGCACCCGGCUGCCGAGAUGGUUUCAUACUUUCAACGUUUUCUAAAGUUCCAAUAAAUUUAUUUGCUUGUUUUGCCGCCAUGUAA